CACGCCUUGCUGAUUUAAAAAGAUCAUUUGCUUAUAAACAAAUGUUUAUUCAAGUCUGUAGAGUUUGGGGGUUCUUUCCCCCCUACCGGUAGGAAAAUGUGAAGAAAGUAAGUAACAUCUGAUAUUGAGGGUGCCAGCCUAGACACUCUACUCAAAGGCUAAGAAGUACAAUUGGUUUCUCCCAGUUGUGAUGUUUAUAUUUUUGCGUAAUCUUCUUCCUUGAGUUUUGGCAGAACCCAUGAUUUGCUUUCUAACCAAUAGCCAUAUGGCAAAGGUGAUUGGCUGUCAUUCCCGUGAUUAUGUUACAUGGCAAAGGUAUGACUCCUGUGGCUCACACUUAAUUUCCUGCUGGCCUUGAAGAAAUAAGCUGCCAUGUUGUGAACUUCCUAUGAAGAGAGCCAUGUGACAGAGAGCUGUGGAUAGCCUCCAAGAGCAGAGGCUGGCCUCUGACUGACAAACAGCAAAAAAAAAAAAAAAAAAAAAAAAAAAUUGAAGCUCACAGUCCCAAAGCCAAAAAAAAAAAAUGAAUUCUGCCUUCAACCUGAGUAAGCUUUGGAAGUGCGUUCUUGUCUUUUCAAGCCUGCAAAUGAAAAUGCAGCCCUGCUGACACUUCGAUUGCAGCCAGAUGAGAUCCCAAAGCAGAAAACGCAACUAAGCUGGGUUCUUAGAAGAUGCUUGUUUGCUACCGAUGGGUGUGAGCAAGUUAGAUAUCCUAUACCGGAGACUUCUCCUAACAAAACUUUUUAUCAGAGGAUGGGGAAGGCCAGAAGAUCUCAAAAGACUCUUUGAAUUCAGAAAGAUGAUUGGAAAUCGAGAGAGAUGCCAGAAUCUGGUUUCAAGCGAUUAUCCAGUACACAUUGAUAAGAUUGAAGAGCAAUCAGAUUGUAAGAUCCUAGAUGGACACUUUGUUUCCCCCAUGGCUCACUAUGUGCCUGAUAUCAUGCCAAUUGAAUCUAUUAUUGCAAGGUUCCAAUUUAUUGUGCCUAAAGAAUGGAACAGCAAAUAUAGACCUGUAUGCAUUCAUCUUGCUGGAACAGGAGAUCAUCAUUACUGGAGGCGACGAACACUAAUGGCCCGUCCUAUGAUUAAAGAAGCCCGAAUGGCUUCUUUAUUGUUAGAAAAUCCUUAUUAUGGCUGCAGGAAACCCAAGGACCAAGUAAGGUCCAGCUUAAAAAAUGUGUCUGACCUUUUUGUGAUGGGAGGAGCUCUUGUUUUAGAAUCUGCAGCCCUCUUGCACUGGCUAGAGAGGGAAGGUUAUGGCCCUUUAGGAAUGACUGGAAUAUCCAUGGGAGGACACAUGGCUUCCUUAGCGGUAUCCAACUGGCCUAAGCCCAUGCCAUUGAUUCCAUGCCUGUCUUGGUCCACAGCAUCUGGGGUCUUCACUACGGGUGUGUUGAGUAAAUCAAUUAAUUGGAGGGAGCUGGAAAAGCAGUAUUAUACCCAGACAGUUUAUGAAGAAGAAAUUAUUCACAUGCUUGAAUACUGUGGAACAGAUUCUUUCAAAAUGGGACAAGAGUUUGUGAAACACUUCGCUAGCAGUGCAGACAAGCUAACUAACCUUAAUCUGGUUUCCAGAACUUUAAAUUUAGAUAUAACAAACCAAGUUGUAUCCCAAAAACCUGCUGACUGCCAUAAUUCUAGUAAAACAUGUGUUAGUGCCACAUCAGAAAGACUCUUACUGCAAGAUACCUCUAAGAUUGAGUGCUUCAAUCAAACACUUUCAACCAGCAAAAGUAGUUACACAAGUUGCAACCCUCAGUCAUACCACCUUCUUAGUAAAGAACAAAGAAGAACCAAUCUUCGGAAAGAACCUUUAAUAUUUAUGAAAGGAGUCAUGGAUGAAUGUACUCACGUAGCAAAUUUCUCAGUUCCAGUUGACCCAAGCCUCAUUAUAGUGGUUCAAGCCAAGGAAGAUGCCUAUAUUCCACGAACAGGAGUUCGAAGUUUACAAGAAAUUUGGCCUGGUUGUGAAAUCCGAUACCUAGAAGGGGGUCAUAUUAGUGCUUAUCUUUUUAAACAAGGACUCUUCAGACAAGCCAUCUAUGAUGCAUUUGAACGCUUUCUACAUAAAUACGCUAACUAAUUGGAUCAUUAUAUGUAACCAGUGUGGCCACGAUGUUUCUUACAAAAGGAAGCUUCAUCCUAUGAUGAUGUGAAGGACAAGCAGACAGCACUAAUAUAUCUAAUUGCUAUCAAUGUAGUCUGGAAUUCAUUGUUAAAGAUCAGUUAACGAUAAACUUUGAAUACAUUUGAAUAAUUUGAAAACAAUAUUUGAAGUAAAUAAUGUUAAGGUAUUUUUAUUAUUGUUUAUUGGAAUCCUACAUACUCAAUAUUUAGUCUGUUGUUACUAUUUAUAAAAACUAAAUUUUAAAUCAUGAAUAAUUUAAUUUAAAUAAAUUUAUUCAUAGAAACCCUUCUGGUUUUUAAUAAAAUUGCUAAAUCAAACCAAGAUUUUAAUAUAUCAGCAUUUACCUUGUACCCUUAUAUUAUAACAUUUCACUAUUGACUUGAUUUGAGAAACAUGUUUAUUUCUUUUUUGAAUGUAUGGUGAAUUCACAGUCUUGUGUUCAACUUCAGCCAAUUUUCUGCUGUGGAAAUAAAUACUUAAUGAUGUAUAAAAUCA